CUCCUUUCCAUACAGUACACCCUGCUUCUGCAUGUCGGUACCUAUUGCAAACUCCUGCCAUGAUACUCUAAAUCCUGGUAGCCCGAAUCAACACCGACGCCAACAAAGCCACCGCUGCCACGCGAUUAAGCGGCGCUGCCAAGCAGCCAAGCCAUGUUUGCCAACGACCGCCAAAGGAUGCUGGACCAAAUCGCUUGGGGCAUUGGGACGUCAGACACAGAGUUCAUCGAGACUUGGAAAUACUCACCGAACUCCUCUCCCCCGUAUCGCGUCCGCUUCGGAAAGCUAACCGAUGCCAAUGUUGAUGAUUGGCUUCGGCAGCGAGCAGAAUAUGCCCCGCCUUCGCCACCAACAGACGCAAAGGUGAUCGGCGGACUUCGCCUUAUACUAUCCGAGAGAGGUUUCUAUCGACCUCUGAGCUUCUCCCUCAGCAAGGAGUCCUACCUCCGGAUUGAGGACGAGUUUCAUCUACCUGAAGCGACCCUUCCCGGACUGGCAGAUGAGGGGGGCUCCUGUUCUCGCUAUGAUGACUAUGCCGAGGAUGGAGACGCCAAACCCAGCAGGAUAGCAUUCGUCAUACGAGCAUUUCAGAAAUAUCAGGUUGCCAACUACGGCCUUGCCGUAUCCUUCGAUUUCAAAACCGGUUUCUCUACCGGAAUAUUACAUGGCACGGGCGUUGUCAACAGCGAGUUGGAUUUCUUGCUAUGGCCCAAAACCCCCUCGGCAGAGCUUUUUGAUGCAAUCGAGGCCAGCGCCGUCAUGUCGGCCGAACCACUGUACCUGCCAGUCAUUCUCCUUCAGCAUCACCUGUACCGUACCAAGGUGUUCUGCACUGUACACAUGGAAAACGACUAUAACAGAAUUCAAGCGCAACUGGGCACGACCCGUGCGGGCCGACUUCAUACCAUGGGAGAAUACCAGGAUCCGGUGGGCAACAAGACCAUAAACGAGGCGAGAGUCGGCCUGAGGAAUCUGACAGGCGAGCUCAGCACCUUCAUGACCGAAAGCAUCUGGUUCUGCCGGAUUUCCGAUUGGCACGUCGAGUACAUCAACUUCCUUUCCGACGCAUUUGAGCACGUAUCCAAAAAGGCCGGACGGCCGCAAGAGGAUGAGCAGCGGAAGAUACGAGAUGCGAUCGAGUACUUGCGGACAAGCGUCCAAGGGCUGAAACGCUGCACAGGUGGCGCAAAGGAGCGUGCAGCCGUCGAUUUUACUGUUCUAUACAACCUCACCGCGCAGUUAGACAACCGUCUCAACGCCAAAAUCAGCGCAUCGGCCAGCCGAGACAGCAUGGCCAUGAAGGUUCUAGCCUUCAUCACCACAUUUUUCCUCCCUGGUACCUUUGUCGCGACGCUCUUCAGUAUGGACAUGUUCAACUGGCAGGGCUCAGCAUCAGCUGAACCUUCCAGCGGGGCCGUUGUAUCCCCCUAUCUUUGGAUAUACUGGGCCGUUACAGUACCUCUCACAAUAAUCGUUGCGUUCUCGUGGAGGAUGUGGUGGACAUGGGAAAAGGGAAACUUUGAUCGAGAUGUCCGGAUGGAGAUUGAGAAUAUCGAGGCACCGUCGACGUGGGAUCUGCGAAAAGGAGGCGGACAAAGAGCAACCCAACGAUAAUGGAUAUUUACGAGCCGAGCCGCGCCCACUAUGCUGGCUCUUCGUCUCUGGCGAGGGAGAUGUGACGCUCUUCCAAGCUGGAUAUCUCCGUCGUCUGGGCUUAGUUUUGGGUCCAGAAAUGGGACAGACACAAUAACCCACACAUGAUGUACAGUACAAAAUGCCCUUGGCUCAAAUGCACCCUGGUCGAACUGUUCGAUCGAGGUACAACGAAGAGCCAGGCAAACACUCGGAUGCAGUGGUUGUUCUCCGGGCAUUUCAAUCUCAAGGGUUAAGUAAGAUAGCAAAUCAGGAUGAGUACCAUCCCGUUAGAGUGUAUCUUGGGCAUAUUCGGGUGGUUGGCCAAGUUGGAGUCAAGACGACUCAUGACCUUGUCUACCUAAGGUUGCCCUGU